UCUGUGCAUAUUUUUGACACAGUUCAACACUUUUCAUCCACUGGAAACUCCGGGUUAUCCCUCUCGACGUUAUGGGCGUAGGCUAUUCUACCUACGUGUUUUUUCAUCACAGAGGAGUAAGGUGAGGGACGGGGUCAAAACUCCAUAAAUACUUGGUGCAAGCAGGGACUUUGGAUGGACCCUGGAGGAGGAAAUACUACAGGAGGAACCAGGACCAGUUGCAUAAAGGAGAAGAGCCGCGACUUUUUAUUGCAAGUUGAUCGUUCAUUUGUGCAGACUGUUCCAAAGCCCACCGGGAAAAGUUGUGGUGCGUCAUUGGCUGAUAAUGGGAAGUCUAUGGCAGAGAUGUAAAUGAUUUAAUCUGUGCAAAGAAUGCGAUGUAGUUCAAUUCCACACCUCAUAGUGAGCUAUUUGUCAAGAUGACAGCGCUUACACCUUUGCACCGUGCUGUACUUGGACUUGCGUGGAGCUGUUUGAGUUUUCUGUCGUGCGCGCAAUGCGGCAUAAGUGACAACCAUGUGCACUCCAGCUUUAUUUACAGGAGGUUGCGCAAUCAUGAACGCAGAGAAAUCCAAAGAGAGAUCCUGUCCAUCCUGGGUCUGCCUCACCGUCCCAGGCCCUUCUCUCCGGGGAAACAGGCGUCCUCCGCACCGCUGUUCAUGCUCGACCUGUACAACGCCAUGGCCGUGGAGGAGGAGGAGGGCGCAGCGCAGCAGGGCGCAGCAGGAAGGGGCUACAGUGCCAAGGCUCAAGGGCACUCCAGGAAAGGUUACUACAGCCCCCAGUAUGCCGGGUACUCCCGUGUGGCACAGCCUUACCGAGCGGCCCCUCUGUUAGGCCACAGCCCCGCACUGUCCACGGCGCAAGACACCAACUUUCUGAAUGAUGCUGACAUGGUUAUGAGUUUUGUUAAUUUAGUGGAGAAAGAUAAAGAUUUUUCUCACCAACGAAGACACUACAAGGAGUUCCGUUUUGAUCUGACUCAGAUCCCAGAUGGAGAGGCAGUGACUGCUGCCGAGUUUCGGAUCUAUAAGGAUCGAAGCCAUUCUCGCUAUGAAAAUACUACUCUGAAGGUGACCAUAUAUCAAGUCAUCAAGGAAUAUCAAAACAGAGAUGCAGAGACGUUCUUACUGGAUUCCAAAAAGGUCCAGGCGUCGGAUGGAGGUUGGCUCGUCUUUGACAUCACAGCCACGAGUAACCACUGGGUGAUGAAUCCACAGCAGAACCUGGGCCUGCAGCUCUGUGUGGAGACUGUAGAUGGACGAAGCAUCAACAUAAAAUCUGCUGGAAUCAUUGGAAGAAACGGGCCCCAGUCCAAACAGCCGUUCCUGGUUGCGUUCUUCAAGGCCAGUGGGGUGUUGCUUCGCUCAGUGAGAGCUGCUGGUGGGAAAAAAAAGAACCACAAUCGCAAUAAAUCUACCAAUCAGCAAGAAUCAUCUCGGGCGCCAAAAAGCGGAGAUUAUAACACAAGCGAACAGAAGCAAGCCUGCAAGAAACACGAACUUUACGUCAGUUUUCGAGACUUGGGUUGGCAGGAUUGGAUCAUUGCUCCUGAAGGCUACGCUGCUUUUUAUUGUGAUGGCGAAUGCUCGUUUCCCCUCAACGCACACAUGAACGCAACAAAUCAUGCAAUUGUCCAAACCUUGGUCCAUUUAAUGUUUCCUGACAAUGUGCCAAAGCCAUGCUGUGCUCCAACCAAGCUGAACGCAAUUUCAGUCCUUUACUUUGAUGACAGCUCAAACGUUAUUCUUAAGAAGUAUAGAAAUAUGGUAGUUAGAUCUUGCGGUUGCCAUUAGUGUGCAGGCUAACUUUAAUUUAUACUGUUUCGCUGGAAAACACAUCUGCUGUAGGUGUGAUAUGAUGUACAGUAUUAUGUAUAUAAAGUUUUAUUACCUAAUUUAUUUUCCUUUUUUUUAAUAGCACUGAAUAUUGUGGUAUUUAAAUGAUAAAUAUAAUUAAAUAUGUUGGGUUUACUUUAUGUCAGUUAUCACUUAAUUUUGCGUCCGAUGGCAUAUAUUCCCUUCUAGUUACAAUCUAUACGAUAGCUUCUAUGAGUAAAGUAUUCACUGGAGUCAUUAUGAUAAAUACGACCGCUUCCCCUUUAGCCUGUAUUAUGAAAUGUGCUCCCAGUUAAAGUAUACCUUAAGGUCAGCGAAUGAUAAUUUCAUUUUCCAGUGAUUAUUUUUUAAGUAUACCAGAGCUGUAUUUUGCCACAACAAGUGAAUUUUAUUAACAAAGGAAACCUCAAAUGAUACCAUGACAACCACCAUUGCUUUCUGAAUAGGCUGUUGGAAACACUGUAUAUCAAAUUGGAUUAGAUGGGGAGAACAUAGUGAGUGUUCUCUAAUAUAAACCAAACUGUCUAAAGUUAUUUUCAAGCUGUCACCAUCUUUCAGCACUGAUACUUGUUCACCUUUUUCAUGCCAGCUUUUUUCUCCGCCUGUGAAAAUGUUCUCGGAAGACGAUUAUGUCAGGCUGAAAUAAAACUCUUAUACUGUUUAGUGUUCACUUAUGAAUGCUUACAAGUAAUGACAUUUUAAACAAUGUUUAUGUAAAGCUCUUCCAUAAACACUGUUUUUCUCUUCCUCUGUGGACUUUGCAAUAGCUAUUCCUAGUUUACGUUUGGGGAAAAUAUAUAUAAAUGUAGA